UGGACUCGUUUUAGAGUGUUGACGAAUUUAAAGGAUUUCAGGCUCCGAUGGAUGUCUGUUAAUAUCGCUUGUCAUGUAUUUUAUUUAUUUAGGAUGAUGAUGGCAUGUAGCGCUUGAAUAUUGAAAUAAUUUGUUCCACCUUCUUCCAUUCAGUCAGCUGAUUGAGUUGACCCAAGAAAUAUCAGCUACGAUGAAAAAAUAUCAUCCAAAAGUUUUAUCCUAACAACAGCAGGAAGCUGCAGUGGCAGGUUGUGACAACUUGAGGCUACAAGUGCUGAGUUAUUCUGAGGCCCUUCUAGGUGUCUAGAAAUAACGAAGUGAACAAGUGCAUCGCUUCUGAAACGCUAACUGUAUUAAAAAUUGUCGUUUGAAGACGUUUUGCUCAAGGGACCGUGAAAAAAAGCAGUGAAGAAGAUAAGACUGAAAUUAUAUAUGCUGUGUCAUUUCCGUCCUUCCGUAAUUUCCUUCCUUCAACUAAAUGGUAUAAUUAAAAUACUCUAUUACUGCAAUAUACACAGAAGUAUGCAAUCACACUAAGGAUUUUAAAGAACAAUCUGUAGGUCCGAGUGAAAUAUAAGUCUUACAUUUCUGGCCUAUAUAAUUGGUCGUUUUGUCAGAAACAAAAUUUCGAGACGCAUACAAGAUACAAACUACUUACUGGAUUCUUAUUAAAAGAUUUUAUUCGAAGCAUUAUGUAAAAAGCGUUUACUAACGCAUAUGAAAUAAAAUAAAAAUCGAGUCGUUGUGAUAUCUGCUGCAAAAAGUUCCCCGAUCAAAGAAAUUUCAGGUGAAAUUUAUGCGCGCAUAGUAAAGAGAAAAAGAUUUUGUGAGAUGUGUAGUGAAGCAUUUGCAGCGCAGGAAUAUCUACUGAAGAAUAUGAAAGAACCAUUUGUAUGUGAGAUGUGCGGAAAAGUGUUUUCAACUAAGUGGAGUUUAAAGAGCCAUUUGUUAACGCAUACAAAGGAGAAACCGUAUGCCUGUCAGAUGUGCAAUAAAGCCUUCACUCGGAGCGGAUAUUUAAAGGAGCAUAUAUUAACGCAUACAAAAGAUAAACCUUUUGUUUGCAAUGUAUGCAAUAAAGAGUUUUAUCGCCAAAAAAGUUUAAAGGCACAUUUAGAGACGCAUAUGAAUGAGAAACAAUAUGUUUGUGACGUGUGCAGUAAAGUGUUUUCUCAGAAAAGAAGCUUAAUGAGGCAUUUACUGACUCACACAAAGGAGAAACCGUAUGCGUGCGAGGUAUGCAAUAAAGGAUUUACUCGACCUGGAAGAUUAAAGGAGCAUUUACUUACACAUACAAAAGAAAAGCCAUAUGAAUGUAAUAUGUGCAGUAAGGCAUAUUCCCGGCAGGAAUAUUUAAAGACGCAUUUACUGACGCAUACGACAGAUAAAUCAUAUACCUGUGAUAUAUGCAGAAAAGUGUUUUCGACUAAAUAUACUUUAAGAAGCCAUUUGUUGACGCAUACAAAGGAGAAACCAUUUACAUGCCAGAUGUGUAGUAAAGCUUUUUCUCGAAGUGCCAGUUUAAAGGACCAUAUGUUGACACAUACGAAAGAGAAAUCUCAUGUUUGUGACGUAUGCAAUAAAGCAUUUUCUCUCUACAAAACUUUAAAAAUACAUUUAAUGACACAUAUGAAAGAGGAACAAUUUGUUUGUGACGUGUGCAGUGAAGUAUUUUCCCGACAAUCAAGUUUAAAAGAGCAUGUAUUGACGCAUACGAAAAAGAAACCGUAUGUCUGCGAGAUAUGCAAUAAAGCGUAUUCUCGGCCGCGCCGUUUAAAGACACAUUUAUCUAAGCAUUCAGAAGAAAAUCAGUAUGCAUGUCACAUGUGUGAUAAAACAUGUGCCAAUCUAAGCUCUUUAACGAGGCAUUUACUUGCGCAUACGAAAGAGAAACCGUACGUUUGUGACAUGUGCAAGAAAGGGUUCUCUCAACCGGGAAAUUUAACAAUACAUUUACGGACGCAUACGAACGAGAAACCGUAUGUAUGCCAUAUGUGCAAUAAAGCGUUUUCUCAGCAGGGAACUUUAAAAAGACAUUUACUGACGCCACACGGAGAUAUCAUCGGAGGUCUAAAAUAAAACAUUUCCGAUUGCAUUUCAAUAGAAAUGCUUAGUAUUCCAUCGUAUGUAAAUGAUAAAAAUAUGGUUUCUAUUCCGGAUAGCAUAUUUUCUCUGCUAGAAAAUUCAAAAAUAUCUGUUCUGACACAUAUAAAUGGGAAACCAUAUACCUGCAAACUGUCUUACAGAGCAUUUUCUCUUCGGUUAAAUUUCAAGACGUAUUUACUGAUAAAUAAUUUCUUUUAUCUACACUUGAGCAUUUUGUGAUCAAAGAAAAUUUUAAAACUAAAUUUAUGAAUGCAUAUUUUCUCUUUUCAUUUACAGAAUUUAUUAAUGACUCAUUGCAUAAUUAAUUAUAUGCAAAUGCAUCAUGACUUUACGCCUUUAAGACGCUUAGUAUAGUCAUCUUUCAAGAAUAAGAAUACUUGUUCAUUUUUGCAAUCCUGAAUUGAUUUGGCGAUUUUCAAAUUCGACCAACAUCUCCAAACUCUAUUUUACUCAAGAUGCCAAAAUAAUUGGUAACUUUGGUGUGGUUUUAAAAAAAAAAUUUAUUUAUCGUGUGGGCCUUAAAAAUAAAUAAUUACCUGAAUAAAAGAAGAAAAAAAUAUUUAUCGAACUCUGCAAGAUAAUGUGAUACAUCUUAUUAAUUCACACUAAUUCGCAUGCUUGUUACCGAAUAAAUAAGAUAUUUUUAUGUGUAAGAAAAAUAAAGAAAUAAUUACUGACAUAUAACAAAGAGAAAGAAAUGUUUCUGCUAAUUAAGUAAUAGUGCAUUUUCUACACAAGCAGAAGGACGCUUUUGUUUGUGCAUGCUUAUAUUUAACUUGUUUUAUGAAAGAUUUCAUGAGAAGCCUACGUAAUCAUUCAUUGACAGAUACGAAAGAGAAAUUACACGAGUGUGACUUUUUUUAACUGAAACAUUCUUUUUUUAAAGAAACAUUUACUGACACAGGCAAAAGAAACAAUGUAUGCACCCUUUCGGAUGUGAUUCUUAAGCCAAGAGUUUUCUCUGGAGAAUAAUUUGACGCGACUGGUAGUCUGCGAAUGGUGAAAAUGUUUGUGAUAUGUGAAUUUAAGACUGAGUGCUGACCAAAAUUUGCACUCUAUUUAAAUCUAACUCAUUCUUAAAUUAUAUUUCAAGCUGGUGUUGUUGUUGUUGUUUUAAUUUUUAUUUGAAAAGCUUAAAUGGAUAUUAAAAAUUGAUUUUUCGGUACUUUUGCAUUAGCGGAACCGCAGAUUAGCUAUAAAUCAAUCAGAAAAAUUUAUCCAACAGUAAUAUUGUUUAUAAUUUAAAAAAAAAUACAUACAGCUACCAUGUAUAUGUGCAUUAUCUCGUUUACGCCAUUACUUAUCACUAGGCUUCAACAGAUUUUUGUCCGCUAAUGGAAAAGUACAGAAUUUUUAUUUACUUACAACCAAUUUUUAAAUAUUAAAAUAUUUGUAUGAGUAAAAGAAUGUAUAGUUUGUUUCAGAAUAUUAUAGAUCUAGAAAUCUUUUUUUAACUGCAAAAUAAAAAAAUAAACUUUUUUUAAAAAAAUAGCUUAUGAAGGAAUAUUAUCAUGUAUACGUUGACAUAUUUACUAAACAAAUAUUAAUAGUAUAGUGUUUUUUAUUGAAAGUGUUCUUACCCUUUACUGCAUAAAGCAGUGUUUUUGAUUCAAGCAUAAAUUUCGUGUGAAGACCGUAUACCAAAUUUCAACCGUCUAGCUGAAAGCAUUUUUGAGUUAUCGUUGUCUCAGAGAGACAUUUCUCAAAAUUGUGUUCUUCGAACUCAGGAUGGUCUAAAACGUGGUGAUUCAUCAAAAUCUCGAUUUCGAAUUCCCCCCCCCCUUUUUUUUUUUGACGAUUACUAUACUUUCUCUAUACUAUGUAUGCAAGAAAGUAAAAAUUGCCACUUAUAAAUCGACUUCAUUUGUCUUCUAACUUUAUGUUUAGAAAGUAAACUUGAUAUGUAUAUAUAUAUAUAUUAGAAAUUGUUCAUUGUUUCAAAA